CUUGCCCUCACCUGGGGAGGAAGGACUGGAGGAGGCCGGGGGCCCACGGGGCGGGGGCACGCUUGGCGCUGCUGCCGCUCGUCCUCGGCCGCCCAGCCCGCCCCCCUUAGCUCGCCUCCCGCCCCCCCGCGCUCCUUGCCCCCCGCCUGGGCGCGGAUCAGGCCCCAGACGCCGCCUCCUCCCCCUCCAUGGCCGCCGCUUACCCGGCCGCCGCCGUCGCUGUUGCUGCUGCUGCAUUGUGGGAAGCGGCAGCCUCAGCCGGACCCACCUCACGCGCCGCCGCCGCCGCCGCCCAGGCUGACUCCAGCCGCCGCCGCCGCCGCCACCAUCCCCAUCGCUAUGGGCGCCGUCACUGACGAUGAAGUUAUUCGCAAGAGACUUUUGAUUGAUGGAGAUGGUGCAGGUGAUGACAGACGAAUAAAUUUGAUGGUGAAGAGCUUUAUCAAGUGGUGUAAUUCUGGAUCUCAAGAAGAAGGCUAUACCCAGUACCAACGCAUGUUGAGCACUCUGUCACAAUGUGAAUUUUCAAUGGGAAAAACUUUACUUGUGUAUGAUAUGAACCUCAGAGAAAUGGAGAAUUAUGAAAAAAUCUACAAAGACAUAGAAAACAGCAUAGCUGCAGCACAUGAAAAAAUUGCAGAGUGCAAGAAGCAGAUUCUUCAAGCAAAAAGAAUACGAAAAAAUCGCCAAGAAUAUGAUGCUUUGGCCAAAGUAAUACAACAUCAUCCAGAUAGGCAUGAAACACUGAAGCAGUUAGAAGCUCUGGGAAAAGAACUUCAGCAUCUUUCUCACAUCAAAGAAAAUGUUGAAGAUAAAUUGGAGCUGAGGCGGAAGCAGUUUCAUGUCCUUUUGAGCACCAUCCAUGAACUUCAGCAGACCCUGGAAAAUGAUGAAAAGCUUUCAGAAGCUGAAGAGUCCUCAGACAAUCCAAUGGAGGUGGAAGAUAAACAGUAGAUGGACUUUGGAUUGAACUCAGAAGCCUGGAACCCCCCCCCCCCCCCCCCCGCCCUUGAGUCGAAUGAGUACUUAGGGAUGUGGAUUUUUUUUAAUGUUCUUUUUCCAACAAUAAACUAAAAAAAUGCUUCAAA